AUGUUCCUCGUCCUGCUCCUGGGGCUCUACGUGGCCACAGGUCAACUUGUCUCCCCAGUGAGCUCCUGCCCGUCGCAGUGCAGCUGUUUUUACCACAACCUGAGUGAUGGAUCAAAGGCCAGGAGCGUGAUUUGCAAUGAUCUCGAAAUAUCUCUUGUGCCUGUCGGGUUCCCUGUUGACACAUCCAAGCUACGGAUUGAGAAGACGGCCAUCCAGCGGAUACCAAGCGAAGUCUUCAACUACCUCUCCAGUCUGGAAUUCCUGUGGAUGUCUUUCAACACCCUGUCCGCCUUGAACCCGGACAGUUUCCGGGGACUUCUCAACCUGGAAGAACUUCGCUUGGACGGGAACGCCCUCGCCGCCUUUCCUUGGGAGUCUCUCAUGGAUAUGCCCAGCCUGAGACUGCUCGAUUUGCACAACAACCAGCUCACUUCGCUGCCUGCGGAGGCCACCACUUACAUCAAAAACCUCACAUACCUGGAUCUGUCCAGCAACAGCCUGCUGACCCUGCCAGCCGAGGUGCUGUCCACCUGGCUGGCGGCAAAACCUGUGCAAGGACCAGAGAGCUCCAAAAUGAUACUUGGUCUCCAUGACAACCCCUGGGUAUGUGACUGUCGUCUCUAUGAACUGGUCCAGUUCCAGAAGUCUCCGACUCUCUCUGUGGCGUUCAUUGACACAAGGCUGCGGUGUUCAGCCCCAGAGAGUGUGUCGGGUGUCUUGUUCAGUGAUGCAGAGCUGCGGCGCUGUCAGCUGCCACGUAUCCACACAGCUGUGGCACGAGUCCGGAGCGCUGUUGGAAACAAUGUGUUACUCCGGUGUGGGACUAUUGGAGUCCCCAUCCCAGAUCUGACAUGGCGCAGGGCAGAUGGACGGGCCCUGAAUGGAACAGUCCAGCAGGAAACCUCCAAGGAUGGAAUCACCUGGUCAAUCCUCAGUGUCCCAGCUGUGUCCUUCCGUGAUUCAGGAAAAUACAUCUGCAAGGCCACCAACUAUGCAGGGAACGCUGAGGCGGUCAUUUCUCUCAUUGUCUCUAACUCACCAAAACCUGAGGGGAACCAAACCAGCAACGACAAGAAAGCCAAAGUCAAGAAACCCAAUCCGAUGGGCAAAGCUGCUUACCAGGAGAAACUUGUGGCCAGAUAUGUGGCUCCAACCUCCACUCCUUCAUCCCCGCCUGCACUGGAUCCUGGCCUUCCACCCGGCCUUGCUCCUGAUCCUGGACCAGCCAGCUACAGCCUGGCUGACAGAGCCACCCCUGGGCCUGCCACCUCCUCCAAUCCAGAUGCACUGCUGGAUCUGGAGAAAACAAAUCUAAGUAACCUAGCAGCCAAUACCUCGUCGUUGCAGCAGGACCCGGACAGGGUGGUGCGCUCAGUAAAGGUGGUAGGGGACACAGACAAUACAAUUUAUCUGAACUGGAGAGCCCCUAAGGCCAAGAACACGACAGCAUUUAGUGUGCUGUACGCUGUGUUCGGAGAGAGGGACAUGAGGAAGAUAAAUGUUGGGGCGGGGCAGAAUCGUGUAACCAUCGACGGGCUGGUGCCCAGGACCAAGUACAUUGCCUGUGUGUGUGUGAGGGGGCUGAUCCCCAAGAAGGAGCAGUGUGUCAUAUUUUCUACCGAUGAAGCAGCCAGUGCUACUGGUACCCAAAGGCUGAUUAACGUGAUUGUGAUCACAGUGGCCUGUAUCAUCGCAGUCCCACUCACUGUCAUCGUGUGCUGUGGGGCGCUGAAGAGACGCAUUCAGAAGUACUGGGGAAAGAAAUCCAAGGACAUCCAAGAUUCAUAUGUGACCUUUGAGACACUGUCGCCCGGCACAAAGGCCAAAGGGCUCGAGGGCGAGUAUUUGAACAGACAGAACCCAGAGGAGUCCAACAGGCUCCUAUCAGCCCGCUCCAGCAUGGACUCUGAGGCCACAGCUAAAAUAGAGGGACAGCCUAAUGAGUACUUCUGCUGA